AGUACUGGUAGUACUGGAAGCACCCGACUCGUCGUGCACGGGGGAGCCACACAAACACACAGAAAAAAAUAACAUUUCACACGCGCUUGAGCUUCCACACACGCGGGCGCACGGCGAGGAAGGUGGAGGCGACGGCGCCGCCGGCCUCUUGACGGAGGGGAGUUGGCGGUGCAGGGGGCCGAGAUCUAGGUCGGGAGGCGGGAGCCAGCGUAGCGGAGCGCGGCGAGCUUGCCCUGUUCCUGUUCCUCGUGCGGCGAUGGCGGCCAGCGGCGAGAACGGCGCGGACCCGGCGGCGGCAGCGAGGCGGCGGUGGGAUCUCACGAAUAAAGGGGCCGAGAGCACUCCAAUGAUGAAAGAGGCUGUGGAAAUGUCUACAGAUGAAGAAUCAGAUGGCGUUGUUAUAUGCCAUCCAAAUGGUAACACUGAUGGAUGCGUCAAAGAAGCUAUUAGUGGCAAUCAUGAUGAUGAUUGCACAGAAGUCUUAGUAACUAGUUGCAUAAAGGACCCGGAUGUGGAAGGUGGCACACAGGAAGACAAGUGUGUAAAUCAAGAUUCACUGAAAUUGAUUGAUCAAGAGAAGCCUGCUCCUCCCAAGUCGCCAACAAAGUCUGCUAGUUCUGGAUCGGAAAGGUCUAAACGUGCUGUUACCCAACCAUUCACCCUUUGUACUCAAAGAAGGUCUUCUGGAGGAAAUAGUGGCGUGACUAAUCCAUCCACCAAUAAGGAAAAAUCUGGUGAUAAAAGUAACAUCUCUCCGGUGAGCAUGCCAAAGAGUACACCAAUGGCACCCAGGAAGAUCUUGCAGCCUGAGCAGACAUUUCGCCCUCAAGAAGAGGACUCGUGUUCUGUGACUUCCUCAACUACAACUUCAACGAGAGCUGGCAGAACUAAGACAACUGUUCCUGUGCUCCCUUCAUUUGUGUGUGCGAACCGUGCUGACAAGAGGAGGGAGUUCUACACAAAAUUAGAAGAGAAGCAUAAGGCUUUGGAAGCAGAGAAGGAUGAGGCUGAGGCCAGGAAAAAGGAAGAGCAAGAAACUGCUUUGAAACAACUAAGGAAGUCCUUGGUCAUUAAAGCAAAACCCAUGCCAAGCUUCUACCAAGAAGGCCCCCCACCAAAGGCCGAACUUAAGAAGGUGCCUCCUACUCGAGCCAAAUCUCCAAAGUUUACAAGUUCAAGGAGAAAGAGUUGCAGUGAUGAUACACCACAGACACCAGAGGGGAAAAACGCCAGUGCAGCAUCUAACCGGUCACAUCGUCACAGCAUUGGGAGUUCUAAAGAUGCUAACAGAGUACAAUGCUCGCCAAAGAAUGGUGUACCCAGCAAAACCAGAGCUGUCAAGCCUGAGCUGAAGGCCCUUUGAGGAACAUGGAGCAGCCAAGCGCUGCGAUGGUCGCUGUACAAACCUAAUUACCUAACUCUGACAUUUCCAUUUUCCGUGGCAUUUUGCAUUUAAUUUAUACCUCCCGUCACCAGAAGAAGGCCUUUGUGCCGAGGACGGUGUGCUUGCUGCUGGACCUUUCCUAUCAUAUAUUUUCUCUUUUUUUCUUCCUUUUGCCUUCACCUUGUAAGAACUCUGUUGCUGGGACCAUGUGCUGUUCCAUGUUGUAAAUUAUUCGAGGGUCUACGUAAGGAGUCGGUCACUCGGUCCUUUCAA